AUUUUUUUGACUCAGAACCGUGUCCCUGACGUCACUUCCUACAGCUCACCUCCGUUUUAGCGGCCUCGUGGAAAAAUCAAAACUGAGAGGUGCGGUUCAGGUUGACAGGCAUUGGUUCGCAUUCUAUCUCUUUCACUCCUUGUUACUGGUGUUGGGCUUCAGCAUGAUAAGCGAAGUCUUUGUCUUGCUGAUUGCAGUACUAGGAUGCAAUGCCCGACCAGAGGGAGCCCCAAGUACAGCUUGUUCCUCGUUAGUUCCUAGGCAUAGUGGAAUCGAACCUCAACGUUCACCUUCCCCAUACACAGUUACAGCAGUUAAAAGUGGAAAUAAAGUGCGAGCUUUUUUAGUAACAAUAUCUUCCCAGUAUGGAGAAGAAAUCGAAGGAUUCGCCCUACAAGCCCGUUCCAAACGAGACAGAAGUCGUUUAGUGGAUGGAAAAUUCUCUGUUCGAGAUGGAAUAUCUAAAACUAUAGAUUGCUUACGAGGAAAACAGAAUACAUUAACUCAAGUCAACCCCAGUUCAAAAAGAGAAAUAAUUACGGAGUGGACGCCAAAUGAAAAUGAGGAGGAAGUGGUUUUUAGAGCAACCGUGGCGAAAAGUUUUGCUGUGUUUUGGACUGAAGUGGACUCACCACCAGUGAGAUUGUCUAACAUGUUUUCUACCAGCCAACCAUCUAAGACAGAAAACUUAGAUUCCCAGUCUAUGUAUUCCAGCUGUUUUGCUACAAAAGGCUGUUUUGGCUAUCCAUCUGGAUGCAUCCCAAGAACGGACUGUGAAAUUCUUCUUUCCUAUGUUAACAGAGAUGAUGGGAUAUACUUUCAAAUGCACGGAUACUUGGAACCGAAUACGUAUAUGGCCAUGGGAAUAUCCACAGACUCUCUGAUGGGAGACGAUACAGUCACUGAAUGUUUCAGACAAGGUUCUAUGGUCCAUGCCCGUGAGUCUUGGAAUAAUGGAGGUCAAAAAUCAAAUGGCCACACUAGAGAGCUUCCAAGGAGUAGUUACGAUGGAGAAUAUAGAAAUGGUUUGACUACUUGUUCAUGGACUGAGCGAUACAUUAAAGAUGCUUACGAUAGAAGUUUCAAUUUGGCUAAUUCUACUUACUACCUUUUGCUGGCAAAAGGCCCCAUCACAAAUGGAAGAAUUGGGUAUCAUGAUGGUAGAAUAGCAUCACAGGAGCCAGUCAACUUUAAAGCAUUUGAUGCGAUUAUGGGGGAAGGAGUCAGUGAUUCAAUCAAAAUUCACGGAACUUUUAUGGUCACUGCUUGGGUUGGAUUUGUCAGUAUUGGUAUUCUUCUCGCUCGACAUUUCAAGUCUUCAUGGGAUACUAAAACAAUGUGUGGAGUUAAAGUAUGGUUUGCAUUGCACAGAAGCAUGAUGAUUACUGGGUUGAUUUUUGUUGUCAUUGCUUUCAUCGUAAUAUUUGUUCACAAAGAUGGAUGGAACUACGCAACUAAAAACCCUCACGCCAUCUUAGGUUGCAUUGCCACAGGUUUAGGUCUAUUACAGCCAAUCAUGGCAGCUUUCCGUCCAUCACCUGAAGAUUCAAAGCGUCCCCUUUUCAACUUGUUUCAUUGGCUUGUGGGAAACACAGCUCAUCUAAUUGCAAUUAUCACCAUAUUUUUCGCUGUGUCAUUAGAAUCCUCAGGUCUAAAGGAAAGCUUUUACUGGGUCAUGGCUAUUUUUGUGGUCCUACAUCUACUUUUCCACUUUUUAUUCCAAAUGAUAGCUUGGUCUGCAAGCAAGAAAAAAAAUGAAAUGAAGAUGAUGGAAAUGAGUUCAAGAACUGGAAAUAACACGCCAAGUAAUGAUCCAGAAAAGAAUCAAAAACAUGACGCCUUUCGAGUAUUGCUGUUUUGUGUUUACAGUAUAUUUCUGGUCAUAGUUCUUCUCGUAUUGUACUCAUUGAUUGGAAUUGCGUGAUGUAUUCAUUAAUUUGUAGAAACUGCACUGUAGUUGUCUGUGCUUUUUCUUUAUUGCAACCAAACCUUGAAGGAUUCAAAAAGUGUUUAAUAUAAUGUUUGUAUAUUAGUUUUAAGGCAUUUUUCAUGCUUAUGCAUGGCGUAACUUGAAUUAACUGCAGUUAAAUUUCCUUUUUGAGAAAUAAAUAAAGCAGUAUAAAAUUC